UACGACAACUGAGCAAAGCAAGAGCAGGAAGAGCCCAACACAACAACUCGGCUCAGUCAUCAACACUACUGGAGGAGGAGGAGGCGUGCGUGUCCUGCCCCGCCCUGCCCCUGCCACAGCCACAGCGCUAGGCCAGGAUUUACAGCAUUGACAGGGCCGCCGCCAUCACCCUGCCACCAGCCAGUCCUUCGGCGGAGAGGCAGGGAGGGACGCCUGGCCUUCCCGCGUGUGUCCCAGCGUUCCCUACACCACAGCCCACAGCAUUAAGACCAGCCCGGACAGCCCACAGCAUCAACCCAGGACAGCCCACGGCAUCACUACUAGCCCAGACAGCCCACAGCAUCAGGAGCAGCCCGGACAGCCCACAGCAUUAGGAGCAGUCCGGACAGCCCACAGCAGUAGUAAAGAAACGCCCACAGCAUCAGUAGCAGCCUGGACAGCCCACAGCAGUAGUCCAGAAAAGUCCACAGCAUUAGGAGUACCUCAGGACGGCCCACAGCAUCAGGUACAGCUCGGACAGUCCUCAGCCCCAGCAUCAUCACCAUCCCGGGCAGUCACCAGGGCAGCCCACAGCAGUAGUCCAGUCCAUUCCACAUCGUCAGGGGCCGCAGCCACAGCACCGCCACCAUGGGGAGACGCAGCAUCAACACCACCAAGAGUGGGAAGUACAUGAACCCCACAGACCAGGCCCGCAAGGAGGCGCGGAAGAGGGAGCUGAAGAAGAACAAGAAGCAGAGGCAGAUGGUGCGGGCGGCCGUGCUCAAGGGGAAGGAUCCGUCGCAGAUCAUUAUGGAGAUGGAGAAGAUUGACAGCAUGGAGUACAACGUUGAGGUCCCGCCGGCGCUCAGCGAAAAGGUGCUGAAGGACAAACGUAAGAAGCUGCGGGAGACUCUUGACCGCGUGCUGAAGCUGUACGAGCGCGAGAACCCCGAGUACUGGGUGGAGAUCCGGCGCAUGGAGGGAGACUACGAGAAGAAGCGCCUCACCCUCAUUGAGUACUUCGAGUCUGUCCGCACGGCCCAGGUGGUCACCGUGGACGAGAUCCCGCUGCCCAACCUGGAGAUGCCCCCCACCGCCCCCGACAUAGAUGGGGUGCCCACCCCUGCCCCAGACCCCACCCCGGCCCCCGCCCCCGUGCCCAAUGCCCACAUGGUUCCCGCACAUGGCAUCCUCAAGAAGAUGUCUGCCUACGUGGCCCCGGAGCCCCGGCGGCCCCCUGGGUGCCCCCCAACACUGCCGCCGGAACUGAGUGACGGGGAGGAGGAGGAGGCCAUGGAGACGGAGGGCGGUGCGGCAGAGGCCUCCGAGGCACGGGAGGAUGAGGGGGAGACGGACGGCCCGCCACCGCCACCACGCAGCCGCACCAUCAGAUUUGAGGACGGGGAGGAGGAGGCAGGGGGGGAGGAGAAGGACACCCGGGCCACGGUGGCCGCGGUGGCCUCCAGCAAGGGCCUGACCAGCCUGCAGACCAAGCUGCUGCAGAUGUCCGGCCAGGACAUCGACGACUUCAUGCGGGAAACCGAGGUGCUGUUCAGGGAGAAGGCCGCCGAGCGCCGGGCCGACCUCAGGGCCAGGCUGGACAAGCUGGACGACGACCCCGUCCCCCCCGCUGCUGCCGUUGCCGCCCCUGGCCCCCCUCACCAGCCCCCUCUGCUGUCCAUGCCACCCCCAUCCCAGGGCCGGGCCCCGCCCACUGCUGCCCCUCCACCUGCUGGCCCCCCCCUGGCCAUGCCCCCGGCCUCUGCUGCCUCACAGCCCCCGCCCUCCUCGGCCCCUUACCUGCCCCCUGGCCCUCCCCCUGCCUCUGUGGUGGCCCCAGGGGGUGGGCCCCCCAACAUGGGACAGGUGGGCCUGGGCGGUGUGCCCCCAGGCCAGGUGCUGGCUGCCCCGCCUUCUUCCAUGCCCCUGGUACCCCCGGGGGUGCCCCAGCCGGGCCAGGCCGUGUCCCUCAAUCCUUCCCUCUCGGGGCCGCUGGGCCAGCCCUCUGUGGUGCCUCAGGUGGCCCCCCCUUCUGUGCCCCAAGUGGCCCCACCCCCCACAGGCCCCCCUGGCGCCCCGCCCCUCAUGUUCCGGCCGCCCCCUCCCAUGCGCACCAACCUGCCACCACCCCCAGGGGUGCGGCCCCCUCCAGGCCCCCUGCCCCAGGGCAUGCCUCCAAGACUGCCAAACAUGCGCAUGCCACCCCCCAUGCCCCCCCGGCCUCCCAUCAGGCCCCCGGGUAUCCCCCCGGGCCUGCCCCCCCCAGGCAUGCCUCCCCGGGGCCUUCCGCCGCUGCACAACCCCAACGUGCUGUCUGCCGGGCCCCAGCUCAUCGCCCGCCCCAGGGAGGACGACAAGAAGCACUCCGCCACCAUCGAGGCAAAGCCGCAGAUCAGGAGCCUGAGUGCCGACGUGACCCGCUUCCUCCCCACGGCACUGAGGGUCAAGAGAGAAGACAAAAAGAAGGCAGGAAAGACACAGACAGACGUCAAGGAGCUGGGCGCAGGGAAGGCUGAAGAGGCAGACCGGAAGCCCACAAAGGACGACGCAUAUUCCCAAUUCAUGCGGGAGAUGGAGGGGCUCUUGUGAGGGGGGGGUGAGAAGCACAGACCCCCAGCUCACCUCUCUGCACAUCCCUUCACAGCCCUUCAAGUCUCCACGUCACGCCUACCAUGUGUGUAGAGUGUAGAGUUGUGAUAGAACUGUUAUGUGUGUGUGUGAGUGUGUGUGUGUGUGUAUAGUCGUGUUAGAACCAGUGAGUGUGUGUGUGUGUGUGUGUGUGUGUGAUGGAAGUGUUAUGUGUGUGUGUGUGUGUGUGUGGAGAAUUGUGUGUAUAGUCGUGUUAGAACCAGUGAGUGAUUUUUAUUUUUUUAUUUUUUUUUCUGUCGUCAUAAUUUUGCAAGAUUUCUUUCGUCUUAGAAUGUACGAUUGUUUGGAUUUGUUAUUCGUAUUGUUUUCUUUUGUUAUGAUUUCACUUAGGUCAUUCCUUUCAUUAUUAUUAUUUUGUUUUAAGAUUUCACAUUAUGUUCUGGAAAUCGUGUGUGUGUGUGUGUGUGUGUGUGUGUGUGAGGGCCAGUCAGUAAGUCAGUGUGCCAGCCAUAUAAUCACAUCGAAUCUAUCAGUCAAGUCUAUAAGUCAAGAAUCCAAUGUCCCAGCUAGACCCUGAGCCCUUGAGCCUGUGGCGGGUAUCUUGGGGGGCAUUUCUGGGGUCACCCUGAGCUGUGGUUGUGGUAACACUGCGCCUCGUCAUCAGGGGUGAAAGUAAGAUUAGAUUCUUGCCGGUACUGUCUUCAAAAGUGUACCCCUGCGUACCGGCUGUAGACGGCUGUAUCUCUUCCUGGUUCAGCGUACCCCUGUGCACGUGACACUAGCCGCCACUCGCCUUGUCCAGAACCCAUGAGAUACUGAGAAUGAGAACCACUCAGGCAGUGCUGUCAACUCUGACGGACGAAAAUGCAUGAGAUUGGGUAUCCAAAUCCGCUUGAAAUCCACCAAAUAUCAAGGUAAAGAGAAUGGUAGGUAAGUUCACCAGGUACCUAAAUUUGUCUCUUCUGUGCAUGACAUCAUGUGUAAGAAGGACUGAGGGGUCCGGGCAUGGAAGAGAGGUCAGUUUUGCGUGCACCAGCCUCCUGAUCUGAGCUCCUCACUCACUCAAUGGGAAACUUAGCUAAAGUGUAUUUUCUUUCAAUAUGCCAACUUUUUGUAUUGUGCGCGGUUGUCGAGCAGUUUCGGUGAAAGGAAACGGUAAUAUAUGGUUUCAUUGGCUGCCAAGAGAUCAAGAACUUAGAAAGAAAUGAAUGGAAAUAUAUGAUAUAAAAAAAUACUUAUUCUCGAGCAGAUUCUGUUGGGUUUGUGUGUGGUCGUCACAUGGCAUAAAAGGAAUAAACACUGGUAUAAAAAUAGAUGUUGGUCCCAGACAUUAGUUUUCCAUCACUGAGUAUAUACCAGGACACCUGUCAUUCUCUUUAACUUUAAAUUUACACGUUUCUUUAGAUGUAGAGACAUUUUGACAAGUUGGUGAAGGUGAGUAGGGAAAAUCAAGGGUCAAAUCAGAAGUUUAUUCCUGACUAGUUUCGCAUGGUACAGCUUCUUCAGAGGAAUUCAUUCAUUCCUCUGAAGAAGCUGUACCAAGCAAAAGUAAUCAGGAAUAAACUUCUGAUUUGACCCUUGAUUUUCCCUACUCACCUUCACCACGUUUCUUUAGAUGUCCGUACCAAUAUGGCGGCCGGCUGCCGACCAUAUACACCAGUCAAGCACGCGGUGUCUACUCUACCACAACUUUAUUUCACGUGACGUCACACCCUGCACGGAGCGGCCGGUGUGAUCCUACCUCCCCUUCUCUUUACCUUGCCAAAUGUAAUGAGCUACUUUGCAGUACGAGCGUUUCAUGUUUACAAACAAAUCCUAUCGCCUGGUAAGUAGCGAGGGGCGAAAGUUGUCUUCAAAAGCAUACCCCUGCAUACUGGCUGUAGACGGCUGUAUAUCUCUCACCAAUACGGCAUACCACUGUGUACCAGCUUACUUUCACCCCUGCUCGUCACUCUAUACAGGACACAGGAAAAUCCACCCUUACUCCUUACUCUCUUAGGGUCUGAUAUGAGGUGGAUCUUGGGCCUUUCUUAAAACCUUUCAUCCUGGUUGUUGUGUUUGUUUGUUUGUUAUGGUGUUUUUUGUGGUCUUAACCCAGUAUAGUCUUCUUCAUCUUUAGUUCAUCUCUCAUUUUAUAUUCUGUUCCUCUUUACUCUUUCUUUAGUUCUUCUUAUAGUUAAUUUUUCAUCUAGUUCAUCUUUCAUUUUUUAUUCUGUUCCUCUUUACUCUUUUUUUAGUCCUUCUUAUAGUUAAUUUUUCAUCUAGUUCAUCUUCCAUUUUUUAUUCUGUUCCUCUUUACUCUUUUUUUUAGUUCUUCUUAUUGUUAAUUUUUCAUCUAGUUCAUCUUUCAUUUUUUAUUUUCUUCCUCUUUACUCUUUUUUUAGUUCUUCUUAUAGUUAAUUUUUCAUUAGUUCAUCUUUCAUUUUUUAUUUUCUUCCUCUUUCCUCUCUUUCUAAACUUCUCAUUAAUAUUUUUCCUCCAUUUCCACGUUCCCAAGUUCAUUAUGUACAACAAACACACAAAUUACUAUACAGAAACAGAUUACAAGUUAAAAAGAAUAUAGGAACGUACAGUAAACCCCAAAUUUAGUGCGUUUCUGCUUAAGUAUUUGUUAAUGACGUGACUUAAAUUCUUCUUCUUCCUCAUUUACAGUCCAUCUCUUCUCAUUCUUGGGGUGGGACUUGCGAGGGUCCAGUGGUGGUCCUUCCUCUAUGUCCAACACCUCCAGGCCAUGUGUCACUGUUCCUCUCCAUGUCCUCCUUGCUCUCCCUUCAGGCACCUCCAUUUCCACCCUCUGUCUCCCUUCUCACAUGUCCCAACCAUUGCAACCUUCCCUGUCUCUCUCUCUCCUUCCUCUAUGUCUAACACCUCCAGGCCUUGUGUCAGUGUUCCUCUCCAUGUCCUCCUUGCUCUCCCUCCAGACACCUCCAUUUCCUCACCAUCCUCAGCACUCCGCCCUCUGUCUCUCGUCUCACGUGUCCCAACCAUUGCAACCUUCUCUGUCUCACUCCCUCCUGUAUCUCCUUCAAGCCACAUCUCUUAACCAAUCAUUUAUCACCGUUUCCUCAGCUCUCCACCCUCUGUGUCCCUUCCCACAUGUCCAGACCAUCACAACCUUCUCUGUAUCUCUCUCAAACCUCAUAGCGUCUGGGGUUAAGAGUGGAAGGGAUGGGUUGCUAGUGACUGAAGCUAUGUCAUCAGUAUAAAAUAGUUCACCUUAUGGGCAAGCAGAUAUUGUGUUUCUUGCUGAGCUGUAGAAUAGGUGUGUGUGUGUGUGUGUGUGUGUGUCCGUAGGGUGUGUGGGUGUGACAAGAGUGUUGGCUGGGAAGGUUGAAUCUAGUAUAUUGUCACGCUAUGCACUGUGUCAAUAUGCGCCGAGUGUGUGUGUUUGUGUGUGUGUGUGUAUAGCAACCAUGUAAUUUAAGUAACUUUAUAGAAAUACAGAUCACAUGCAAAGUCA